UCCGGUCAUUGUUCUCUCGCCGGUAAGCGCGGGGGGCUUGGUCCUCGGGCCUCCUGCUCGUGAGUCCGCGGGCUGCACAGGGCCGCUGCGCUGCGCUGGGCAGGCGGGGGUGUGUGCGUGUGGACCCCAAUGCUUGAGCCCCGGGAGGGACCUUCCUGCGGGCGGGCGACGCCUUCUCGGGGAGACCCCAGCCCUGGGGGUCGGCUCUGCACCCCAGCACCUCCAAGGCUCCGCUGCCGCCUUCUGGGGACCUGCCCGCGGGAAGGUUAGACUCGAACCGCUCCAGGGUAAAUAACACGUAUCCAGUUUAAGAAGCAGCUUUCAGAACUUAGGAGAUAGAUGGGGCUUGACCUCUGCUGGGCAGCCCCCAGUGACAGGCAUCCUGUGCUCAGAAGAAAUGACUGCAGAAUUGAGGGAGACCAUGGCCCUGGCCUCAUGGGGACCAGUGACUGUGAAAAAAGAGGAGGAAGAGGAGGAAAACUUCCCUGGGCAGGCACCUGGCCAGCCAGUGCACUCCGAGAACAUCAGUGUCUGGUCCCCCGGGGAGGGGGCUCCGGCAGACCUUGACAUGACAGAGCCAGAGGGAGAGGGCCCGAACAUUUUCUGGAACAUGGCGGUGAUCCUGAAAGCUGCACAGGACGCACCAGCUGCGUCCCCAUAUGGUAGCUGCUCCUUUCCCAGAACCCUGGCCAAGAGCGAGAGGCUGGACACUCACAGGAGCAUCAUGUUGCCAGGCGCUGAAACCCAGAGCCCCCAAUUAUUGGUUCCAAAAACUGAGACAUGUGAUGAGGCAGAAAGAAUCCAGAAGUUUCAGACUCAGGAAUUUGAGUUAGGAGAAGCCUGUGGAAAAGGGAGCAUGUUUAAACAACAGAGAAUAAAGAGGGAAAAGGAGGAGCUCGGAGACGUGCCCGGGAAAGACCGUCACCUGUCUGAAAGCCUCAAAGAAGAGAAGGACCAGCAAGGCCAGAAGUCUGGGGAAAGGCCCGGCCUGAGUCCCGGCCCUGUGAAAAACGCAAAAAGCCAGCCGGGGCAGAAGCCUUUCACCUGCAGCGUGUGUGGAAAGGGCUUCAGUCAGAGCGCCAACCUGGUGGUGCACCAGCGCAUCCAUACGGGGGAGAAGCCCUUCGAGUGUCACGAGUGCGGGAAGGCCUUCAUCCAAAGCGCCAACCUGGUGGUGCACCAGCGCAUCCACACGGGGCAGAAGCCCUACGUGUGCGCCAAAUGUGGCAAGGCCUUCACCCAGAGCUCCAACCUGACCGUGCACCAGAAGAUCCACUCCCUGGAGAAGACCUUCAAGUGCAGCGAAUGCGAGAAGGCCUUCAGUUACAGCUCGCAGCUGGCCCGCCACCAGAAGGUCCACAUCACCGAGAAAUGCUACGAGUGCAACGAGUGCGGGAAAACCUUCACGCGGAGCUCCAACCUCAUCGUCCACCAGAGGAUCCACACGGGCGAGAAGCCCUUCGCCUGCGGCGACUGCGGCAAAGCCUUCACCCAGAGCGCCAACCUGAUUGUGCACCAGCGCAGCCACACGGGCGAGAAGCCCUACGAGUGCAAGGAGUGCGGGAAGGCCUUCAGCUGCUUCUCGCACCUGAUCGUGCACCAGAGGAUCCACACCGCCGAGAAGCCGUAUGACUGCAGCGAAUGCGGCAAAGCCUUCAGUCAGCUCUCUUGCCUUAUCGUGCACCAGAGGAUUCACAGCGGCGACCUGCCGUACGUGUGCAACGAGUGCGGGAAGGCGUUCACGUGCAGCUCCUACCUGCUCAUCCACCAGCGCAUCCACAAUGGCGAGAAGCCGUACACGUGCGGCGAGUGCGGCAAGGCCUUCCGGCAGAGGUCCAGCCUCACCGUGCACCAGCGAACCCACACCGGGGAGAAGCCCUACGAGUGCGAGAAGUGCGGGGCGGCCUUCAUUUCCAACUCGCACCUCAUGCGGCACCACAGGACCCACCUCGUGGAGUAACGGGGCAGGGGGGAAGGGGAGCAGGGCCUCCCACGCCACUGAGCACCACCGUCUUCCUGCUUGCGUUAAGCACCUCUCCACUGUCUCCUUCCUCCUCUGUAAAAACUCGGCCUGCUGUGAGCUGGAGCCCUGGUACAGCCAGCCGGGCACUUGCAUUGCUCGUAGCUAACCCCAGUUUGAUUUCCUAGCAGUCUUCCAAGCACCACCAGGAAUGAUCCCUGAGCACAGCAAGAUGUGGUCCAAAAACCGGGGGGGAAAAAAAAGAAACAGAACAGCCAUCUUGGCCUGCUGUGUCCUUGAAAGUAAGUUUCCAGGAGUGCAGUACACAACACAGCAAGCCUUCCCCAGCGCCCUUAAAGAAAAUGACACCCAGCACCCAAAGCCAGAACUUUGUUUUUAACUUGACUGGGCCUCAUGUGUGUGACGUGGCCGGUGGCUCAGUUAGUUAUGGGUCGGAGAAAUCUAAAAGGUCAAAAAUAAUAUACCAUUUUAGAUUUUUUUAAAUUAAGUAAAUGGUUUUUUUGUUUUGUUUUGUUUUUACAUAAUUUUGAUUUUAAAACUUGAGGCAGGUGACUAGUACAGGUCUGCCUGGUGGAUUUCUGGAACUUUGAACCUCGCAGCCUAACAUUUUGGGUUAAGUGGUAACCAGUUUAAGGAGAGCAUUUGGGCUUUGUACUCUAGUUAAGAGCAGUGGCUUGACAAGGGAAGCACAGGGGGUAGCAAUAGUCCACCAGCUGCUCCUCUCAAGAUUAAGAAGCUCUUUAUUCCCUAGAAACAAUCAAGAGCCAAAUAACUGUCUUAUGCUCCUAAAGCUGACAGAAGCAGAAAAGGCUGUUUCUUUAGAAUACUUUGUUUUAGACCUUUCCCCAUGGUACUGGAACCCGCCAUGGCCACACACCCAGUGGCAUUGGAAAGGUCAUCUGGUGCCAGGGGUUGGCGGCAAACCCAGGCCCUGUGUGUGCCAGGCAUCCACACCUGCUCUUUGAGCUGUCCCUGCAGCCUGGAAACAGCUACUUCAUUCCUGGUGUGUACUGCUGUGCCUUCUGACCCUGGGUGGGGUACAGCUUUGACAUUCCCCGGUCUGCAUUUGAGGAUUAAUGGAGACAGCAGGUUGGGGAUGGGGGAAAGCCACGAAUUCAGCUGGGCUGUGCUCACUGACCAUUAUCAACAGCUCCUUGAAAAACUGACCCCACAUCCCUUUGUGCUCCAUUCAAGGGGGGGGGGCGUCCAGAAGCAUCCCCUUCCCCAUAGGAGAGAAGAUGGAAGCUUGCCUGGGAGUUUCCUUCUCAUCUUCUAUAUGGUCUUUGGAAGAAAUGGUGGAACUCUUAGUUCUUAGGAGGAAGGCAGGCGGAGGGAGGAAGCAGAGUGGGAUAACUGAGGUCUUCAUUUAUUUUUUCAUGGAGAGAUGAGAGAUAUUGAAAUAUGAAAACUUUUAGAAGGAUGGAGAAUUCUGGCUAAGGUAAGAUACCUUUGUUGCCACUGCGUCUUUAUUCUUGGUAAAAUGCUUUGUAAAACUAUGCAAAUAAGGAAGAGUUGUGUGAUAUUAUUGCCUUGUAUUUAUAGAGGAAUUUAUUCUUUGUGCACCUUCA